GGAGCUGCGGGGUCGCGCGCCUCGGCGCGAGGGUGGGCUCCGCUCGCCGCCUUCCCCCGGAAGCCUGCGCUCAGCCCUGAAUCGCCCGAGCCGGCCCCGAGUCGCAGGGCGAAGGUGGAGCCGCUGACGUGGGCGCGUCUCGGCGGCUGGGGGUGGGUUUGGCCGGGCUGAAGAGAGCCGGCGGUUCCUCCCCAGAGCCCCCUCUCCUCCAAAAACUUUACUUGAAGUGAGAGAGGGUGGACGCCAGUUCACCAUGUAGGGCGUCUCAGAACAAUGCUAUGAUAAACGUUCUUCUACCUGGAUCUUAAUGCAAAGGUGUUGGCGUUUUCAAGUCACCAAAAAACAAGAUAUAUGCUUUGGAGUCCUAGGAGAAUUGUGGAUUCAAAAGGUGCAGAAAUACCUUUAGCAAUCCUAUCUUUGAAUCUCCUCUGCUUAUGACUUCUGUGUGGGUGCCCCUGGAUCUUUGUCAGACUAGAGUUCCCGCAUUCCGUACUAAACUGUUUCUGUAGAAACCUCUGUCACCUUUCAGUGACUACAUCUUGUUGGUUAAAGAGGCUACAGCAGAGUUCAAAAGAUUUCAGGGCUGAGAGAAAUUGCACUGAUAGGUAAUGAACCAGACCAGUGCCAGGAGGGAGCUGCUGGAGUCAGGCUUUGAGAGUGAAGCCAGAGUCCGUCCAGCCACAAGACCUGUAAUGGCCAAACACUACAGUGAAGUCCCAAGUCUUCGACAGGAUGACUCGGUUAUAGAGGGAGUGAGCGACCAAGUGCUUGUGGCCGUGGUGGUCAGCUUUGCUUUGGUCGCUACUCUCCUGUAUGCUCUUUUCAGAAAUGUACAGCAGAACAUUCAUCCAGAAAACCAAGAACUAGUCAGGGUGCUUCGAGAGCAACUUCAAACAGAGCAGGAUGUCCCUGCUCCUCCUCGACAGCAGUUCUACACUGAAAUGUACUGUCCAAUCUGCUUACACCAGGCCUCCCUUCCUGUUGAAACCAACUGUGGACAUCUUUUUUGUGGUUCCUGCAUAAUUGCAUACUGGCGAUAUGGGUCCUGGCUUGGUGCAAUCAGUUGUCCAAUCUGUAGACAAACGGUAACUCUGCUGCUCACAGUCUUUGGUGAUGACGAUCAGUCUCAGGAUGUUGUAAGAUUGCAUCAAGAUGUUAAUGAUUAUAACCGGAGAUUCUCAGGGCAGCCUAGAUCUAUUAUGGAAAGAAUCAUGGAUCUCCCUACCUUGCUGAGACAUGCCUUCAGGGAAGUGUUUUCAGUUGGGGGUCUCUUCUGGAUGUUCCGAAUUAGGAUAAUGCUUUGUUUAAUGGGGGCUUUUUUCUAUCUAAUAUCACCUCUAGAUUUUGUACCUGAAGCCUUGUUUGGAAUUCUGGGCUUUCUAGAUGACUUCUUUGUUAUCUUUUUGUUGCUUAUCUACAUCUCUAUUAUGUAUCGAGAAGUGAUAACCCAAAGACUGACUAGAUGAAAAAAUAGUUUACUAGAAUAUCUGCACUUACAUAAGAAAUCAAACAAAAAGAUCCAUGGCAGUAUCAAUCAUCCAAAUACUAUUUUACAAGCUUAAAACAUUUAGUUAUCAUUUGACAAAUGCCUAACAAUAUACAACUGGAAUUUUUACAUCCUGCGGGUUCUAAUGAUAAGACCAGAUUUACAGUGAUCUACAGUUGUAUCUCAAGUCUGUGUCUGUAAAGUAUGAAACCAAUUGGAAAGGGAUACUUUGUUAUUUUUCCUUUCUGCAAAUUACUUAGCUUAGUUAGAUACAUAGUUCAGUAUUGCUAAAUGUACAAAUCAUCAUCCUCAGUGGAUACCCAUACAAUAAUAGAGAACUUUGAAACUUAUCUAAAUAUUUUUUGUUGAAGUCAAAUAUUGUAUGCUACUAGGGAAAAGCCAGUGUCUCAGUGUUAGCUAAGCAUUGAACUUGGAGAAGUUCUGCUUUUUCAUUUUUGUCCAAUUUGUGAUCAACUGAAAAUGAAAGAAACUUGAACUUCAUUAUUUGACUGUAUUUUCAGUCUGUGGAACACUUUAAUCAAUAAGAGAAUUAACAAAGUGAAAACAUACAUCUCCUGGAGGCACUUUUGACAUUCAGUUAUGACAUUUAACCAAGAGUUUGAUUUUUUUACUGAAACAAAUACUAAAGUAACUUGUAGCCAGUUGUGGUGGCUUUAUAUCUGUAAUUUCUGCAUUCAGGAAGCUGAGGUAGGAGAUUGCCACAAGUUCAAGGUCUGCCUAGGCCAUAUAAUGAGUUUCAGGUCAGCUUGAGCUUCCUGGGUCUUAUCAAAUAGUGGAAAGAGAACAGAGUCUUCAAGUUGUCUUCUGACCUUCACAUAUGCACUGUGGCCCAUGUGUGCAUGCACACACACAAAGUCAAAAUGCAAUUAGAAAGAAAACAUAAAAGCAGCUUGUAAAGGGAAAUUAUUUUGUUUUAGGAACAUAAGUAAUAUUGCAAUACAUAGUAUUUUGACACAUUUUGAGGAAACAGGAUCUUCACUUCUAUUGAUGUUAGUCAGGGCUUCAGGAAGGUACUAUGAACAGUGUAUAUAUUUUGCAAAGUACGAGUGAACUCUUGCAGAAAAAUGAAGACAUUUGAUUAGUUGUCUGUUGCCCUGAAAAUGCAUAUACUAUCUUGUAGGAAGCAAUAUUUGGCUCAGAUGCAUCGUGUCUUGUGCAGAGUGAGGAAAUGUGUGUGAGAUUUUGUACAGUGAGGUUCGCGUGUUUCUUCAUGGCCGUGGCACAGACUGUCAGGCUGUGGUUCUCUGAGAAGAACAGGUACCAUAAGCGUGAGAUCCUCACUCCAGCUGGCACUGUUACAGGUGAGCAGCUGGACAGGGGCAUGGGAGACGAUGCCCAGAGAGGCUUUGUCAUCUGAAAUUACCAUUGUUGUCUUAGAGUCAGUUUGUGUAUUUAGGGACAGGACAUAAAGCUAAAAUCUGUCACAUUCCCAAAUUAAUCAGAUUAGCUUCCAAACAAUGAGAUUCUGAAUAAAAUGUCAUUUUUCCCCUAGUUUAGACUUGACAGAGCUGUUAUCUGCCAUUAAAAACAGAAUACCAAAAACAGCACUUAGAUAUAACAUGAUCAGUGCAAUUUCUCAUAAUUUUUCCUCUUAUCCUUAGGAAAUUUCAUAAGGAAGGUAGGGUAUCGUUAGCUUCCUGUUUCAGAGAUGAAACUUCAUCCUGUGGAUGAAAAAUUUUUGUUGUAUUUCCUAACAUAUAAUGGAACUAGUGAUAUUUAGGUAGGCAUGAAAGCUAGUCUGAGAAGCAGCAGGAGGGAAACUGGAAUUCUGGGAGUCAGGUUUUCAUAAUACAUUAUUCCUUCACUGGAACAGUUCUGGUGCUCCUGAGAAGAAAGCUCUAGAAGGGUGAUUCAUAAAAGGCUUCAUCAAUCUUGAGUGCAUACUUCCAAAUCAAGUCAGAGUGGUAUGCACCACAAAGACAUGGCUACUCAUCACUGGUGUGGAGAGCUGUUGGGUAGUAGGAGCUUGUCACCAGACUGGAAGAGCAUUUCCACCUUGCAAAAUUCAGUGUGGACUACAGACUGUGAUUUCCUGAAACGAUUUUAAUUUAUGUGCUGGUGUUCUGCUCCAGAUGUCAGUUCUGUGAUAUCUGGAGCUACUGCAAAUACUGGGAAGAGGCGUAUUGUACAAAAGUUUGUAAUGUACAGAACCACUGUGUGACUGAAGUCUUACUAAACCAAAAGGGAACAUACUGAUACCUCAGAAUCUUAAUCUUUACUGAUCAUUAGAGAGAAAUGCAAAAUUUGAGAAAGUAUUUAAGCAAGUAGAAUCAGUGUUUUAAACAUCACAGUAAUACUUCUGUACUUAGAGGUAAUGUAAAGCAACAAUUUGAUUUUUUUUAAACAAAACAUAGUAAUUGUCACAAAAGAGAUGGUGCAAGCCCAGGAACAAACAGUUUGAGCAGCUCUCUGGGGAAUGAGAAGGGAAACUUCCGUUAACAGCUCACUAGAAUGGGGGCUCAGCACCUCCAUCCUCAGUGUUCUAGAGGACAGCAGACUGCUCCCGAGCCCCACGGCUGUGCAGACGCCUACCUCAGCCCAUGCAGAAGAUCAAAGGCUUCUUUCAAAUUUUGUGAUUUGGAGAGUUUGUUCAGCAUUUAUUCUUUGGAAUAAAAAUAGUAUAUCUAAAAAUUUUAA